UUCUUUUUUUUAUAAGAAAAAAAAAAAAUAAAAAAAAAAAAAAAAAAGAAAGCCCAUGAGCCUAGCUUUGAAAACAGCGACUAGCCUUGUUGUGCUACUUCCCAGACCGAAGCUGAGUUGUUUGUCACUAACACGAACCGUUGUUGUUCCUCUCCACUCUCACCGUCCCGCCAAAACCCUUAUACGAACCACAACGCCGUCGUUUCAGAGUAUCGUAUGCGCACCAAUGUCUACGCAGCAGGUUUUCCAUGUUCGUGACAAGAUUGAACUCUCCGACACCGAGAAGAGCAUCUUCGAUAGGCUUCUCGCCACUCUUCGUCACUUCCAACUCCAAACUCAGCUCCGAGUCGCCGGUGGCUGGGUUCGCGACAAGCUUCUGGGAAAAGAUUGUUACGAUAUUGAUAUCGCCCUUGACAAUAUGAUGGGUGCUGAGUUUGUGUAUAAGGUCAAGGAGUACUUGUUGUCCAUUGGGGAAGAUGUACAGGGAGUUUGUGUUAUUGAGUGUAACCCUGACCAGUCCAAACAUUUGGAAACAGCCAGGAUGCGUUUGUUUGAUACAUGGAUUGAUUUUGUUAACCUAAGAAGUGAAGAGUACACUGAGAACAGCCGCAUUCCUUCUAAGCAAAGAUUUGGCACAGCUGAAGAGGAUGCAUAUAGGAGGGAUUUGACAAUUAACAGCUUAUUCUACAACAUCAACACUGACUUAGUUGAAGAUUUCACUAAGAGAGGGAUCUCAGACCUUAUGUCUGGAAAGAUAGUGACUCCUUUACCUCCAAAGGCCACAUUUCUUGAUGAUCCAUUACGAGUUCUUCGAGCCAUUCGAUUUGGUGCAAGAUUUGGAUUUACUCUAGAUGAAGAUCUGAAAGGAGCUGCUGCAUGUGAUGAUGUGAAAGAUGCUCUAGCUGCUAAAAUUAGCAGAGAGCGCAUUGGAGCAGAGAUUGAUCUUAUGAUAUCUGGAAAUCAACCCGUCAAAGCAAUGACUUAUAUUUGUGAGCUGACAAUAUUUUGGAUCGUGUUCAGUCUUCCUCCUGUGUUUGAACCUGACAUUUCAGAUGGAUGUGAAAGGCUUUGCAUUUCUUUCUUGGAUACUGCAUGGAAUCUUGCCCAUUUACUUGGAGAUUCAACCUUUACAGCUGAACAAAGAAGGUUAACGCUUUAUGCUGCUUUGUUUCUCCCACUUAGAAAUAUCACUUACACAGAAAAGAAAGCUAAGAAGAUUCCUGUUGUCAAUCAUAUUAUCCGCGAGGCUCUCAAGCGAAAAGCUAAGGAUGCAGAAAUGGUGCUUGAUUUACACAGAGCAUCAUAUAAAUUCUUGUCAUUGAUUCCUUGUCUUUCAUCUGCUGAGGAUGUCCAAAUUGUUGAUCGUGAUUGGAUGACCGACUUGAUUGAUGUUCCCGUCUCUUCUAGAGUCCGGGUAUUAACAGGGUUUCUCUUAAGAGAGCUUAGAGAUUUUUGGUGUGUUGCACUGUUGAUAUCUACAAUAUUACAUCCCAUUGACAUUAACAGCACUGAGGAUGAGUCUUCUCAGUUGGACAAACGAAGAGAUCUAUUUAAUACUGUGGAGAAUUCUAUAAUCAAAUUAGGCCUUGAGAAAGUAUGGGACCUAAAACAAUUGGUCAAUGGCAAAGAUGUUAUGAAUGCCCUACAGCUUAAAGGUGGACCACUCGUUAAGGAGUGGCUGGAUAAGGCAAUGGCUUGGCAACUUGCUCAUCCAUCCGGAACUACAGAGGAAUGCAUUGAAUGGUUGAGACAAACCAAUUCUAAGCGCAUAAAGUUGGAGUGAGGUUGAUUGCCUUGAAUCUUGAUCACUUGUCCAUUCCUUUUCCAUGUUAUGGAAAUAAUUGAGAGCACAUGUGCCUUGGAUGGAGGAAGCUUAGCCAGUUGGCUGAGUGGUGUAGUUGAUAACAGGAGUACUUCAAACACCAUCACUUCGCUUGAAGUUGCGCCGCUCCCAACUUUAUAAAGCCUGGGGAAGUAUUAUUUAUUUACCUCUUUUCCCAUACUUGUGAAAGAAGAAAGGGCGAGAAUAUAUACCGUGGCCUAUUUUUGUUUAAUGAUAGUCUUAUACUCUAAAGUACCUCACAUUAUAAGAUUGUAACUAGUGUACUCCACUAAAUUUUUUCUGAACGGCUCAAAUUGUCCAUACCCCUCUUGGAACUUGAAGAUUCAGUUUUCCAUUCUGGAAUUAACUAACCAUUUGUAUUUAGAUAAAUGUCAAAUGACUUGUCAAUUCCCUAACCCCAAAUGCCCUGGAUUC